CUCGUUAGCAUAGUGACCCUUUUGGCCUGCCUGAGCGCUCUUUGAGCUUUAUAGGGUACUGAAACCCAAGACAGGAGAAAGCGCAAGUCGUGCCACGGAUUAAACGGACUUGUCUGGUGUCUCUACACCUGUUUUUAGAAAAGAAACAUCAUAAACUCUCGCACAGAAGAUUGUUCUCCUACUGAGCUCCAAAAGGUUGCAUACUCCUUGGCUGCACACUUUAAAAUUAGUAUAAAAUGAAGAUUGCGGUUUUCCUUUCAGUCCUUCUAGCGCUGUUAAUACACAGUGUUCCUGUUACUCCUGUUACAGUCUCCUCCUCCAGCCCCAUAGUAAAAGUGGAGGAAAACUCAGAGGCCAAGCUGUCCUGUGAGUUUAAGACAGAGAAAGAUAAGAAACCUCGCAUCGAAUGGAAGAAAAAGGAUAAAAACACCUUCUUUGUCUUUUAUAAUGAUACCUUCAAAGGACCUUUUGUGGGCCGUGCAAAGAUUGAAGGGGCAACAAUAACAUUACAAAAGGUGACACUGAAGGAUGCUGGAGAAUAUCGCUGCGAGGUCAGCGCUUCUGAAGACACAACGCAGCUGGGAGAGACCAGUAUCACUCUGAAUGUGCUAGUGCCUCCACAUGUCCCGUCCUGUGUGAUCCCGAGCUCUGCACUGACCGGAUCUGCAGUGGAGUUACGCUGUAUGGACGAGUACAGUAUUCCUCCUGCAAGCUAUACGUGGUACAAAGACAAGAAGCCUGUCAUUCCAGUGCGCCAUGCCAAUGCCACUUACACUGUAAACAAGGACACAGGCAUUCUUAUGUUUCAUGCAGUUACCAUUGCUGACACAGGACUGUACCACUGUGAAGCUAACAAUGGGGUUGGAAAGUCAAAAAGCUGUAAAGGAAGUCAAAUGAAAAUUGAUGACCUAAAUGUUCCAGGGAUCGUUGCCGGAAUUGUAAUUUUGUGCCUGGUCUUAACUUUAUGCAUCCUCGGGGCCUUUUAUGCCUACAGACAAGGCUACUUCAACCGACACAGAGGAAGAUCAUUCUGGAUCCAACAGUGUCAUGGAGUGGCUCACAUCAGCAGCCAGAACCUCAACAGAUCAGAGGACAUCCCCCAUGCUGGUUAUGGACCACCUUCACAAAAUAUUCAGGAUUUCAGACACACACAGUCAUUUAUGCUGUAAGAAGCUUAAAAUCUUCCUAAAAUCAAACAACCCUCAUGCAGCAUUUACAGACCCAGGAAAUAGAGACUGAUGCUUAACUCUGACUGUUACUGUGGAGGUUAACAGGAGACAAAAUUCAACAAUUUUCAUGCAUGUACGAGUGUUUUGGGGAUGUCUAUUCUCUUUGAACAUUUGGUGUGGUAGUGCUGUGAAAAACUCAGUGACUGAAAACUUCUGCCCUCUAGUGAAUACAGUGCACACAGACCAAAUGUGCAACACUGGAAUUUUUUAAGGGUGCGCCUCCCUAAAACAUAGCAUUUUAAAGUAUUUGACAUCAUUGAUAACUUGACCUUCCCUGCCUCCCACUGUGCCUUGCUGAAGGGAGCAUUAUUAGAAUAUUAGAUUCACUGGUUAGCAAAUGAUCUUACAUGGAAAAAAAACAAAAAAACAAAAACUUGAUAAAUUACCAGGAUCUGAACUUUCUAGAAUGCAUCUCAUGAGUAAAAUUAUCUUUGAUUGUAUGUAAUUAAGACUAUUUGUAUUUGUAUCUGCCUUUUCAUUUGAACUGUACAGUGUUUUGAUUGAAAUGCAUGAAUGAAUUGUAUAUUUUAUCAGUAUUAAAAACUUUUCUUUUGUA